CUUGUCUUCCUUUUUCCAUCUUGAGAUCCAUUACUCAAAACAGCCUCUGACUACCUGAUGCAAGCUUCUCCUAUCUUUACAAUUGCAAUUUUUAGAAUGUUGGUUUGGUUUAAAGUGGAUGAUGAGGAUCCACAAGUUUGCAAUGGCAGUACAUUCAAACAGAAGCUAAAAUGGGUACCUCCAGCUCAAGAUACUCAAGUCUUCCUGUCCAAGAACCACCCCACCCCACUGAUCAGACCUCCGCUGCCCCCUUAGCCUCCGGCGGCGAGAACCAGUUGGAUUCUUCAUGGGCGUUUCAACUACACCAGCGACUGGAGUGGGCGUCGGCGGCGGCAGCAGCAGCUAUAUUAGCUUUUUCAAUCAAAGGCAACAAGCAUAUGAAGGAUUUGGACGACUACUUCAGGGACUGGACUACGUGAUCAUCCAUCCUAUUGGCUUCUGCUGUCCUGGUCAUCCAUUUCCUCAUCGUGACCGUACUGCUGCUAAAAGACCCUCUAAGGGCUUCGGGCUCCUAGGAGUUCGCUGGCACAUGCUAUCCACAGACGUAGGGUUGUGUGGUUACAGUUUUGUAGUCGGCCAGUUCUCAGCGAGCACUACACGUGUCAGGCCGUUCUACAUGCUCCUCUUUUGUCUCUACUCAUGUGUUGCGGUGGGUCAUGCUAGCUUGUAGGUUUCCAGUUGUAUUUGGGGCCUCCUCAACUUGGCUAUCGUAAGUUUGCAGCACUUAUAUUUGUUUAUUAUUAUAUCAACUUAAUUUUUCUUUUUUAAGUAUCGGUCUAAUAAUACACUUUUUGCAUUUCU